CUGUUUAAGCGAGGCGGGUGCGUCUCCCGGGAGCCUUCCCCAAGCUGCCAAGAUGUUCAGCUGGCUGGGUAACGAUGAUCGCCGCAGGAAGGACCCUGAGGUCUUCCAGACGGUGAGCGAGGGGCUCAAGAAACUAUACAAGACCAAGCUGCUGCCCCUGGAAGAGUAUUACCGCUUCCACGAGUUCCACUCCCCCGCCCUGGAGGAUGCUGACUUCGACAACAAGCCCAUGGUCUUGUUGGUAGGCCAGUACUCGACAGGCAAGACCACCUUCAUCAGGUACCUGCUGGAACAGGAUUUCCCAGGCAUGAGGAUUGGGCCUGAGCCAACCACUGAUUCCUUCAUAGCAGUAAUGCAAGGAGAUGUAGAGGGGAUCAUCCCUGGGAACGCCCUGGUGGUGGAUCCCAAGAAACCCUUCAGAAAGCUCAACGCCUUCGGCAACGCGUUCUUGAACAGGUUUGUGUGUGCCCAGCUGCCCAAUGCCGUGCUAGAAAGUAUCAGUGUCAUCGACACACCCGGCAUCCUCUCCGGGGAAAAGCAGAGGAUCAGCCGAGGGUAUGACUUUGCUGCUGUCCUGGAAUGGUUUGCAGAGAGGGUGGACCGCAUCAUCCUGCUCUUUGAUGCCCACAAGCUGGACAUCUCUGAUGAGUUCUCGGAAGUCAUCAAGGCUCUCAAGAACCAUGAGGACAAGAUGCGAGUCGUACUGAACAAGGCUGAUCAGAUUGAGACCCAGCAGCUGAUGCGGGUGUACGGGGCGCUCAUGUGGUCCCUGGGGAAAAUUGUGAACACACCGGAGGUGAUCCGGGUCUACAUUGGCUCCUUCUGGUCCCACCCUCUCCUCAUCCCUGACAACCGGAAGCUCUUUGAAGCUGAAGAGCAAGACUUGUUCCGUGACAUUCAGAGUCUGCCCCGUAAUGCUGCUCUUCGCAAGCUCAAUGAUCUAAUCAAGAGAGCCCGGCUGGCCAAGGUCCAUGCCUAUAUCAUCAGCUCCCUGAAGAAGGAGAUGCCCUCCGUGUUUGGGAAGGACACCAAAAAGAAAGAGCUGGUGAACAACCUGGCUGAGAUUUAUGGCCGGAUCGAGCGAGAGCACCAGAUCUCUCCUGGGGAUUUCCCCAACCUGAAGAGGAUGCAGGACCAGCUGCAGGCCCAGGACUUCAGCAAAUUCCAGCCACUGAAGAGCAAGCUGCUGGAGGUGGUAGAUGACAUGCUGGCCCACGACAUCGCCCAGCUCAUGGUGCUGGUGCGCCAGGAAGAGUCCCAGCGGCCUGUCCAGAUGGUGAAGGGCGGAGCGUUUGAGGGAACCCUGCAAGGCCCCUUUGGGCAUGGCUAUGGAGAGGGGGCCGGGGAAGGCAUUGACGAUGCCGAAUGGGUGGUAGCCCGGGACAAGCCCAUGUACGAUGAGAUCUUCUACACCCUGUCCCCGGUGGAUGGCAAGAUCACGGGUGCCAAUGCCAAGAAAGAGAUGGUACGCUCCAAGUUGCCCAAUAGCGUGCUGGGCAAGAUCUGGAAGCUGGCCGACAUUGACAAGGAUGGCAUGUUGGAUGACGAGGAGUUUGCCUUGGCCAAUCACCUUAUUAAAGUCAAGCUGGAGGGUCACGAACUGCCCAGUGAGCUGCCUGCCCACCUCCUCCCUCCAUCUAAGAGGAAAGUACCUGAGUGACCCACCCAGGUAACUUCAGACAGGCAGUUUUAGAAGAAAGGAUGGGCAUGACGAACACACAAACACACACACACACACACACACACACACACACACACA